AUGUCCGCUGCGAGCGACGCGCCCACGUGGGCGUCGGCCCUGGUGGUGGGCGCGACGGUGCUCGGUACGGCGCUCUUCCUGAGCAUGGCGCGCGCGGUGGUGCGCGCGACGGCGAAGAAGCUGAAGGGAUACACGCCCGCGGAGUGCGGACGGAUCACGCGGCACGCUCUCGGGAGGUGCAACGGCAUGGACCCCAACCGUCCCAUCUACAUUGCGAUCAACGGGAAAGUGUACGACGUGACGCCGUGCAACGCGUUCGGGCCCCUGGGCGUGCUCAACGGGGCCGCGGGGCGCGAGGCCGCACACCUCCUGGCGCGCGAGCCCUUCAACGAGGAGAUCCUGGGCGAUUCGUACAGGGGGCUCAAGAUCCGGUUCCCCCCGGACGACUCCACCGAGGGCUUCUCCAUGAGCCCGCACGAGGAGUCGACGCUGGCGGCGUGGCACGCGGCGAUCCGGAAGCGAUGCGCCGAGGUCGGGGAGGUCGCGCCGCCCAAGGAGUUCACGCUCGAGGACAUCAAACCCUUCACAGGCAAGCGGCCGGGGGACCCGAUCUACGUGGCGGUGCGCGGGACGGUGUUUGACAUGUCGCGCGGGCGGAUGUUCUACGGGCCGGACGGGGCGUACGAGUCGUUCGCGGGGAACGAGAUCGCGCGGGCGCUCGCGAAGAUGUCGCAGGACCCCAAGGACUUCACGAGCAACCUCGACGGGCUGAGUCAGACCGAGCUCGGGGUGCUCAAGGACUGGGAGGCCAAGUUCACGAGCAAAUAUGAUGUCGUGGGGAAGAUUGUGGGCUGA